UUUUAAUUUAAUUUAUUUCUAGUGCAAAAUCUGUAAAUAAACUCUUUAAUACAGUAUUUAAGAAUAUUUUCUAGUCAGUUGAGUAAAAUAAUAGCCGUGACCUCACGUGUAUACUUAAUUCAUACUGUACACUUAUACCUGAAUAAAGGCUAAUUACAAUUGUGUAUGAUUCCACAUUUCAGUCUCAGCCUGUCCUACACUUAGUCCUCAUUCUGCUGGUUGUGAGACUGAAGAGGGGAAAUGAGUCAGGUGUGAGAUCAGGGCUGCAGUUAAUAAAUCCUUUUAAAAACAUGUUGUUUUUUAAAGUAAUUUGUCUGAAGUUUAGAAAAGCCAAUGGAGUCAGAAAUCUUCCAAAAUAGUAUGAGUAUAUGAAGCAAAACUAACGAUCACUUUAUCUGUUAACAUUUAAGAAUUUUUUUGUUUUUGUGUGAGAAAAAAAGUAAUCAUUGACACGAGUGUAGUGUUAUUUAAUUAUAUCUCGCUGCCUGUUCAUCUUUUUUUCCAAUUAAAACAUACAACAGAUUUUCCCCUUUGCAUCGUCUCCUCUUUUUUUCCUAGCAUAAAAAGCAUAAUUUUUUUUCAGCUUGUAAAGUGACCUUGACUGUGACAAUGGCGCUAAAAUAAAAAAUAACAUUUAUUCCAAGACUAACUUUUGCUGUCAUAUGAGCACAACUGCUGUCCUAUUUUUGGAAUGAACAUGGUGUUGCAUGUAGAUAUCAACAGAGCGCCUAAAGCUGAAAAAGCAACAGGACCUGGCUAAUUGUAAAUCCAUAAUAUUGACUGUGUUUUUGUGUUUGUGCAGGAGGAGUGUGUUUUGUGCAGCAUGAAUCCAGCAGCAGAGUCUCAGAAAUGCAGCAGACUGAUCCAAAGGGACACCUAAUUAUUACCAUCUAUUUCCCUGUUAGCGAUCCGUCCUACAGUGCAGGUGGGAGGUAAUUGGGAUUUAAUUGACAGUCCUUGAAGACAAGCCAGAACCUAUGGCACAGCAGCAGUACAAUACAGGCCCCUUUUUAUGAAUCGACCAUGGACCGUGUGCUUUGGCAGCUGCUGGUCCUGGUUAUGACUGUGGUGGCUGUUCAUGCAUGUCCCAAAUACUGUGUGUGCCAGAAUUUGUCUGAGUCUCUUGGGACACUGUGUCCCGCUAAAGGCCUUUUGUUCGUACCAACUGACAUCAACCGGCACACGGUAGAGCUCCGUCUAGGUGGAAACUUCAUCUUACGCAUUACGCAGCAAGACUUUGCCAAUAUGAGUGAAUUAGUGGAUCUAACACUGUCACGCAACAGCAUCAGUUCCAUCCAGCCAUUCUCCUUUGCUGACCUUGAGACACUGCGCUCACUGCACAUGGAUAACAACCGGCUGGCAGAAUUGGGACCGGAUGAUCUACGGGGACUUGUAAACCUUCAGUACCUAAUUCUAAACAAUAACCAGCUAUGCCGCAUCUCUGAACAUGCCUUCCAGGACUUGGUGCCUGCAAUUGAGGAUCUUGAUUUGUCAUACAACAACCUGCAGAUGCUGCCCUGGGAUUCAGUGCGUCACAUGGUCAACCUGCACCAGCUCACGCUGGACCACAACUUGCUGGAAUACAUUCCUGAAGGUACCUUUACUGAACUGGAGAGACUUGCACGUCUGGACCUGACAUCUAACCGCCUUCGGAAGCUUCCGCCAGACCCAAUUUUUGCUCGGGCACAAGAUUCACUGCAGGAAUUGGUGCAAGUCUCUACGCCAUUUGCACCACAGCUUUCGCUGAGCAUCGGUGGCAAUCCACUCCACUGCAACUGUGAGAUGCUCUGGUUUCGAAGGCUGGAGCGUGAAAACGACUUGGAAACUUGUGCUUCUCCUUCAAAUUUGAAGGGGCGUUACUUCUGGACCAUAAGGGAGGAGGAGUUUAUAUGUGAGCAGCCCCUUAUCACACAGCACACACACAGGAUGUUAGUUCUAGAGGGUCAAACAGCCAGCUUAAGAUGCGAGGCCACUGGAGACCCGACUCCCACAAUCCAUUGGGUAGCCCCUGAUGACCGUCUCCUUGGCAACUCCUCUCGGAUUGUAGUGUAUGGCAAUGGCACACUUGUUAUCACCAUUACUACAUCGAAAGAUUUUGGCACAUUCACAUGUAUUGCUGCCAACGUUGCCGGUGAAUCCACUGCUUCAGUGGAACUGUCAAUCGUCCAGCUGCCCCACAUAAACAAUGGAACAGGACAACCCAAAUCCCGCCUCUCUGAUAUUACAGGAACCUCGAAGGCCACGCCCAAGGGCCAACCAGAAAAGGACAAGCCAGUUUGGGUUUCUGAGGUGACUGCAGACUCUGCCCUCAUCAGAUGGUCCAUCAGCAAGGCAGCUCCCAAAGUGAAAAUGUACCAGCUGCAGUACAACUGCUCCGAUGACGAAGUGCUCAUUUACAGGAUGAUCCCUGCUUCCAGUAAGGCAUUCCUAGUAAACAACUUGGUCUCUGGAACCCGCUACGAUUUGUGCAUCUUGGCAGCCUGGGAUGACUCGGCCACUACGUUGACAGCCACCAGCAUUGUGGGUUGCGUUGAGUUCUUCACCAGAGAUGAGUACCCACAGUGUCAUUCUCUGCAUGGGCAGCUACUGGGUGGCACCAUGAUCCUGGUCGUGGGAGGUGUGAUCGUGGCUACCUUGCUCGUCUUCAUCGUCAUCCUAAUGGUGCGCUACAAGGCUGGAGAGGGCGGGACAUUGACUGCAGUUGGGGCUGAGCUUCCUGUUAGCAAGUUAAGCGACAUUGGUGAUACCUAUUCACAGAACAAUGAUGGGUGUCUGGGGCAGAAUGGAGUCUUUAUGCCCCCUUCAAAUUCCAAAGCCAAACUCAAAGCCAAACCCAAGGUGAGUCUACGAAAUGAGGUGGUGGAGUUUAAAUGUGGCUCUCUUCAGAGUAGUAUGAGCUCUCUAUCCUCAUCCUCGUCCUCAUCCUCUGCUGAUUCUGUCAAUGCCUUGCACUCCUGCAGCCCCAACAGUGCUUUGGCCAACAUCUGGAGGUCAGCGUCUCUCAAACCGCGAGGAAAUCUGGACCAUCUGUUGGGGGCCAUUAAUGCUCUAGAGAUUAAGGGCCAGGCACCAUUGGGAAACAACAAAUCUGGUCGUGCAAUGGCAUCAGCGGUGCCCACUAAUGAUAAGGAGCCCCUGCUGGGCCGAACACUGGACUCCAAGUUCAGACGGAGUCACUCAUUUGACGCCGGUGAGUUUGCAACAUCAAUCAGUGGUGUCUGGACCAAACGUAGCCUCUCCAUCAAUGGUAUGUUGCUCAAGGAUGACACGGCUAGCAGCAGGGGCACUCUGGAGGGUUCGGAGUGGGUGAUGGAGAGCACUGUGUAGACUGUGUACAAUACUUUCAAGCUGACAUCCUGCCCUUGUGUCAAAGAAAAUUCAAGGGAAUAAAGCCUCUGUUUUCCCAUGCAUGGAAUUACAUAUCUUUUCAUCGAAUAUUAAAAC